AUGAUGGACCCAGAGAAAAAGAAAUGGUCGGUGAUCUACCCGGUCUACGUCAACUCAAAGAAGACGGCUGCCGAUGGCAGGAAAAUCGCCAAGGUGAAGGCCUGCGAAAACCCCACGGCACAAGAGAUUUAUGACGUCUGCAAGCAUCUCGGCUUCAAAUGCGAACUCGAGGCCGACAAGGCGUUUCCUCGCGAUUUCAUGCAGAAGGGGCGAGUCCGAGUUCUGGUCCAGGAGAACAAGCAGUCAGUCCACCCUGACAUCCACACUAAGGCGGCGCUGAUGGUGAAGCUGGGCGAGCUCAUCCCCAGACUGCAGUCCAGACAAGGCGGCGGUGCGGCGGCCAGCGGUGCGGCGGCGGCGGGUGGCAAGGGCGGCAAACGCGAUAAGCGGAAGGGCAGGUGA